UUAAUCAGCUGCUGCAAUGUCAUAACAAACAAUCGAACCUAACCUCCAAUUAAUAAAUAACAAGUUUUAAGCAAAUAUAGAAUGGCAAACAAGCCGACGCGUGAUUUAAUUGGUAUUAUUUGGCAAAACUUCAAGCGCUCGUUGCAACCACGUCAAUUUCGUGGCAAUUACAUAGGCGAGGAUUAUUUUGGCAACAAAUACUAUGAGAUUCCGGCAAAUCCAGCGAUUGGCAAACGCAAAUCUUCACGUUGGUUUGAGCCGACAGACAAGGAUGCCUUUGAUCAAGAAUUGACCGCCGAAUGGGAGGCGUGGUUGCGCGGACGACGCGAAGAGCCGCCUACUCGCGAAGAGCUGGUAAAGAAUCUGCAAAUUAUGGAUAUGAAGAAACGCAAUGCAGCUGAACUUGAUGCGCAUUACGCCAAGGAUAAAGACGCGGCUGCGCUGCCCAAGCAAGUGGAAGGCGAAACAGUGGGCACAUUUCCCAAAUACAAAGAAUACGAAUCAGUGCCAGGCAAACAUGACAAAUGAAUUUUAGUUUUGUUACUUGUUAAUAAUAUAAAGAUUUAUUUAUAGCAUAUUU